AUGUGUAACAUUGCUGCUGCUGGAGCAUAUGAUCGACAGUUUAAAAUGGUUGCCUACUCGAGAUCUUGGUUGAAAGAGGUGUCAAUGGCUCCUAACAGGGACGUGAAUAUGGCGAAGAAGCACCGGGGCGGAUAUAGCCUGAGGAUAUACGAUAUUUACUUUUAA